AUGUAUUUUACUCAAGGAGAGCAUGAGCCAUUCUAUGAAGUGUGGGAGAUAUGUAGAAAGUUGCUGCAAAAAUGUUCUCAUCAUGGCAUUAUUGAUUGGAUGCAGAUGCACUUCUUUUAUGAAGGACUUACAACUGCAAACAAACGAAUGGUUGACUCUGCAUGUGGAGGUGCAUUGAUGGAAAAGACACCUCAAGAAGCGUUUGAUCAAUUUGAUUUGCUUGCUAAUAAUAAUCAACAAUGA